AUGGCCCCAUUUCCUUCAUUCGAUGAUCUUCCAUUGCGUAAGGAUGGCCCUCCUGGUAAUGCCUGGGGUCUUUUUGGAGACAAUGAUGAAUGUGGAAUGUUGAAUCGAAUUACCCCAGAGGUCGUCAAUGCCGCAUCGAAGGAAAUCAAGGAUGGCGUCCGUAUUCCGACUGAUCUACCCAUAGACUUUAUGUCUAAGCCGUGUUUUGGCAGAGCGCCAUUUCAGCACACGAUCAAAAAUAAAACGCCACGAUCGGUUAAUGAUGAUACAAUUGUGUUCAAUACCCAGAUCAGUACACAAUGGGAUGGAUUUAGGCAUUUUGGUUAUCAAGAAUCCAAAAAGUGGUUCAACGACCACACUCUAGAAGAUAUUUUGCAAACGAAACUUGGGUUGAGCAAGGGGGGGAUUGUGGGACGCGGAGUGUUACUAGACUAUGCGGCCUGGGCAGAGGCCCAGAAUAUCGCUGUCGACCAUUUUUCGCCACAUUCGAUCUCUGCUGCCACGCUUCAAAAUAUUGCAGAUACUCAGGGCACGGAGCUCCAGAAGGGGGACAUUCUCUUUGUCCGCACUGGAUGGGUUCGGGCUUUUACCAAUCUGUCGACCGAGAAAGCGAUCGCGUUGGCGGAUACGACAAAUCCUCCAGCGAUUGGAUUAGAGUCAUCCAUAGCGACAGCUCGCUGGUUGUGGGAAACAGGAUUUGCGGCUGCAGCUGGUGACCAGCCCAGUUUUGAGGCAUGGCCUUGCCAAAAUCCAGAGUACAUGUUGCACGAGUGGCUGUUGGCUGGUUGGGGCAUGCCAAUUGGUGAGAUUUUUGAUCUAGAGAGGUUGAGCGAAGAGUGUAGGCGCCGUGGACGGUGGUCCUUCUUUUUCAGCAGCAUGCCACUUAGAGUCCCUGGUGGUGUUGCUAGUCCACCAAAUGGGGUAGCAAUCCUUUAA